AUGUUCUUUAUCUUAGUUCUUAUAGUGAAGCAGUACAUGUAUGAAAUUCCCAGGUGAGUCAGUCCAAGGAGGACAUUGUAACUGUCAAAACAGUUCACAGGACUCAUUUCUAAUUGAACCAAGUGGUCACACACUGAUAAUUUUCUUCUUUAUGAGCUGUUGUAAUGUGACUCAUAGUUUCAAGUCAAGUUAAUUUUCUGUUUUAAGGGUAAAAAAAAAAAACUGAACAGUUGUGGUUUCUGGUUUUGAAGCUAAAUUACUGUAUCGACCCAAAUUUAAGAUUCCUUUUUUUCUUAAAGUACUGAUAAAAAGUGAACAAAUUUGCUCAAAAGUAGGAAAAGUUUUGAAGUUAUGAAGCCAUUUUUUAAAGUAAAAGGUUAUCAGUUCAGCAGAGGAAUGAAACAAAUGUCUAACAGCCAAGAAAUAUGGUAUCAGUGCCCCAAGUCUGGUCUAAAAACUGCAAACGGACUGAGGUCUGCAACAGUAAAAUACUCAAAGAUACUGACCUACAAAUCUGUCUGCUGCGUCAAGAGCAUAUUACAGUUUUUAUUAUCCUUAUGCUGUUAUUAGCAUUAAUGUUCACAAACGGUAUAGCAGCCAUUUAGGGCUGCACGAUUAAUCGAUUUCAAAUUGUAAUCAGAUUAUUUGAUUAUGAUGAUGUUAUGACGAUGUUAUGACGAUGUUAUGAUGAAAUCGAUUUUCCUUUCUAUAAUGUUUCCUCUCCCCAGUUCCCACACACACCAGUGUUAACAAACAUGGUGUUUGCAAAAGAAGGCGUUAAUUUCGUAGCUAAAUAGGACAAGAGCAAGUAAACGCUAAAGUUUUUUGUCGUAUCGGCAUUUCACCCACAUGGAAACGGCGUUUCGGGUGACAGUAAACUGUACUUUUUGAAAAUGGGUCCAAGAGUGCAUAAAUCCAUAAACAACAACCAUUUCAUCUCCGUGUGGAUGUCUAUCUGCAUCUCGGGAAACGAUCAUGUGACCCACAGCGUAACUCUUUUAUGGCACCUGAGCGCGUCCGGCCAAAACAACCUUUAUACACAUGCUCUGUACUCUUCUUCUGUCUUUUGAGCACCGUUACAGCGCCACUUACUGGCUUGGCAUAUGCACUAUACCGUUUUCAGUGGUUUCGUUUUGAGAGAUGAUAGAAAAACUUUUUAAAGUUUGGUGAAGUUGUCACUGGAUAAAAAAUCAAAAUCGUCAAAACCGUGCAGCCCUACAGCCAUUAUAGUUUUACUACUAAAUGUGGAUUAGGACAGUGAAACAUUCAUAUCAAUGUGAUUGGUGUUUUUCAUGAAACUGAUAGGAGAUGCAUCAUGAAGCUUGUAAUAUAACCGUUUUAUUGUAACCAUUACAUGUUAAAAUCGAAGCUAAUAUGUUGACCAGACAUAUCUGAGGCCCCAAAUCAUAAGUUAAGAAAUAUGAAAAUAUGUAAGGAGAAGUGGUUUAAAAGAGGAAGCUUGUUCUUGCCUCCUGUUUAGUUUUUUGUAUAUAAAUAAUCAAAUAGUUAAAUCUACAAACUUAUGUGUGAUGAGAUCUUCUUUUCCUCUGUGAGUCUGCAUUAUGGUUUCGAGCUGUGAGGCCUUUGAUAGCUAUCUUAUCCAAAAAUAAUAAUAAUUUCAGCCCUGUGGAAGAUCUAAUUUCAAAGCACAAGUGCCUCUAAAAAUACGCCGCCUUGCCAGACAACAUGUUAUACAACCAAAUGUCGCUCAUUCCCCACCAGAGUGGAGAAUCCCACACACACUUUGCUGGUGUUUUCAAAUGAUUUCCUCUGUUCAUUAACAAAGAAAGAGGACUGUGAACGGGAGGAAAAAGACAGGGAGUGGGGGUACAGCAUAACCAAGCAUUCCCUAAUUAGGAGUUUUAUGGGGCAUAUAAUUUGAGUUACAGCACUGAGCCUCCAUUCAGAAGCAAACACACUUUUUUUUUCAUUAUACAAGAGCACAAAGCUGCAGUCUGAAAACUCUCAAGUUUAGAGCUGGGGGAACACUUCAUGAACAGACUGAGAUUGUCACGGUACUAUUGAUCAACUUUCAAACUUUUCAUUUUUCAAGUUGUUCCCAGACGGAUAAUCCUCACAACACUUUGAAUAUAACUGAUCUUUUACCUGAAAUGGAUCUAAUGCUGUUGUUCUUCUUUGACACUUUUUACAGCAUGAUCUUAUUAUGACAGCGAUAAUGAGAGAACGCAUCUGCGCUCAUCACCGUUACAUAAAUGUCACUUCUCCGAGCAGACAAUGUACUUCCAUCUGGAGACAUGCUGAAGAAAACAGCUGUACAGUUAUGAAAUGAGUACAUUAGUUAACGUUUUCUCGCUUGUACUUUAAUUAAGUUUAUUGUUACGCUUCUAUUCAUACACUUGGUCUUAAAUGAUCUUUUUUUCUUUGAGUUUUCAUAGCCUCAGGUGGAACGGCUCUGGCUACUGCGGCUCUAAGUGCCAACAGGCCAUUCUCCAGACUCCCACAGUCAGUACAUUUUGCAGCCAUAAUGACUUAACUACAGAAACUAAUGGAGAUAUGGACUUAAUUUCAGAUCCUGGGGGGAAGUGAAACAAUAAAUUAGAAAUGAAGUGACAGGAAUAAUGUUCAGUGUUGGCAAGGCUCUGCACUCUUGUCCCUUAAGUUUCUGCUGCGGCUAGUUUAUAACUCUUACAUGCAGGAUUGCUUGACAUCUGCCAUUGUUGUUGCGGUUAUCUCGCGGUUUUAUUAUAUAUUUCUCAUUAAUUUUUCUUUUAAUAUUAAAUUAAACCCAGAAGGAGAACUAGUCUGUCGUCUUUGGGGCAGUAGAAACAGAUUGUGAACACCUCACAUAAUACUACCUUGUUUUUAAACUGUUAAUUUGACAAAAUAAUUUGUUCUUCGUUUAUUUUCACAAGGCUCAUCGAAGUCCAACUUUGUCUUUUGGUUCUGAUUUUGUUCUCUGCCAACUCCUGAGGGAAAUCUCCCCGUCUAUUUAUCCACUAAAUGCUUCCUUGUUUUGGCCACCUUGAAAGUGAAAUCUUCCCAUGGAGCGACGAAACCAGAGAGAGUGAAAACAAACAGGAAAGUGGUUGACCAGACGGUCACACAAUAAGCUAAAGCUUAAGCCAGAAGGAGCUCCAAAAUCCUGGAUCAUAACAAAAACAAGCUUUUACAGUGACAGUCUGUCAUUAAAAUAUUAUUCUAACAUUGAAGAUUGAAAACACUAAUAGUUAUUAAACUUGUUGUAUUAAAUGGUGAUACUGUUGAAUGAUAAUGGCCACAUUUCAGGGUCUAAAUUAUUAUUUUGUUGAUGAUUAAUCUUAUUAGAGACUAACUCUCUGAGCUCUAACCUGUAUUGAUUUAUUUUCCACACAUACAUGAAAACCGGUGCAUAAGCAGUGAAUUAUAUAUAGCCCACCACCUGCAAACACGCGCCUGAAUGCAGCUCCUCAAAGCGGCCCCUCUUCUCCUGUUGCCCGGGUUAACAAAAAAUCUCACAUUCCCACAAUGACACGUCCACACCAAGCCAGUCUCCAGUUUUACAUUUGAAAGCAUAUUUAACUUUUCACUCCUCCAUUCACAGCCUGUGAGCAGUAAGACUCUGUGCCUAGCCAAGAUUAGCUUUUGGCAGACAAUGCAGUGAAUUAAAGGCCACACAUGGCCCCUCUCUUGUUCUCAGGGUGACCAAACACACUUCCAGGGCCAGGAACUCUUGACCAGUCUUUGUAACCCACAGGGAGAAACUAGGAGUCGGAGAUAAGUAUAUGGCAAUGGAUUUAGGAUCAGAACUUGGCGAGACAAAAGUGUUGUCAGAUGGAACAAGACAGAUGGUCUUUUCCCUCGCUAACCUACCAAACUUUCGUGUCAGAGGUUUCAGCUUAAGUCGAAGAACUCUAAAAUAUUUAGUUCCAUCUUUGUGCGUCGUAGUUGAGUAUUAAAUAUAUAUGAGCUGGUUGAAAUCUCUAUAAUCCUAAAACAACCUUGUCUCUUCAGUUCAUCUUUGCUUGUGUUUUUGAGCUCUUGCAGUGAUUUCCACUACAGAGUCACCACUACAGGGUGCUUUCUCCAGAUACACUUAAUCUCUUAUUAUGAUAUUCUAAAUACACCAAAUGGUAAUAUAAUGCAAAUCUAUAUAUCUACACUAUAUAUAUCUACACUCAGGAAGGUGGAGACUAUUCUCAAGAACAUGGAUCACCCACUUUAUAACACCUUAAUGGACCAAAGGGCCAAUGGUGGUGGACGGCUCCUCUCAGAAAGAUUCAGAAGAUCUUUUGUACCAACAGCCAUCAGACCGUUUAGUUCUUCUUAUUCUUAUGUGAAGCUACAUGUUUAAAACUUGAGUAGUUUUGUCCAAAUUGCAUUUCAAAGUUAAAGUCUUAAUUUCGUCAAAUAGUGGAUUUUUGACAAAUAAAAAUUUGUGAUUAUGUUUAAGACGCUAAAAAUAAAGUGAAACAUCAGGUUUUACUCAUUAAGUUUAUCCUGUUUUCAUUAUUAGAUACAGUCAAUUUACAGUAUUUUUUACAAUAUUUACAAUAUUUUUUGGAAUUUCUCACUGUGGGACUAUUAAAGGAACAUCUUAUCUUAUUUUUUAUUAAAGGGUUGGUCUUUUUAAGAUGAUCCUGGAGCACAUUAAUGAUAAUCUACUAAAUUAUUCUCUUUUAUUAUUACCAUGAUAUGUAAUCAGAAAAAAUAGUUCAUUAGAAAGCUGUGUGGAGGACAUCACUCCUUCUUUUAAAUGUUUUUAAGUCUCACUGCUUCAUGUUUUUGGUUUUUGAUAUGAAUCGUCUGUUUAUGUGGUUUGAGGAGGGGGUACAGAAACAUAUUAAGGAAAAUUCAUGCAGAUCCUUUACACGUGUCCGUCCCUUCUGGGUUUAUUUUCAGCUUUUUCGAGGAGAUAAAUGUCCAGGAAAGGUGGAAAAACCUGCAGAUAUUUGGACGGACUAUAGCGUAGCACCGAAGGGGGCGACCACGCACAGUCGCGCACUCAUCCCUGCCCCAAACUCGUAAUUGUAAAUCGUGAGGGAGCGCGCAGACUGUCAUUCCCUGCAUAUCUGCUGCUACUGCCGCUACUGCCGCCGCCGCUGCUGCUGUGUCACCUUAUCUUUUCUCUGUGUGUCCGGGGACUAUUUCACACACUGCUCCCGAAAGAUUUCCACGGCGUACGUGUAGGUGUGUGCACGCUGACGGGCACCUUCUCAUCCAUGUGAGGCUCCGUGAAAGCGCUGGAAGCAGCAGCAGCAGCAGCACCUUGGAGGAGCAGCAGGAGGAGGAGGAGGAGGAAGAGGAGGAUUUUUCUGCCGUACCGUGUCGUGCACAGUGGAAAUACACUCGCCUGCUCGGGGUACUAUCAAAGCGAAAGGGAGGGAAGAAGACGGAGACCAAGUACAGCAUAAGGGCUUUUUGGAGGCUGCCAGACUAUAUCGGUGAAUUGUCAUCGGGACGGGCCUGCUACAGUGGAUGUGUCUUCAGAAUGGUAAGCUUAUUUUCAGGAAGAUUUUGGUCCGUGUUGGUGAGAAAAAAGCAGGCGGCUGCAUACAUGCAUCAUGCAGUAGUGAAGCAAAUACAGGGAGCCAGUGUUAGAGAUUGGCUUCACUACAAUCUGGAUGUGUUUUGCAUUUGCGCCGUUUAGUUUCUGCUGUCCUAUAAAGAAUCAGCCCCGAUCCCCGCAUGUUACGCCUCGGACAGGGGGAGAGAUUAACGGUGCAGCACGGUAGGCUUUCUGCUCCUCGUUUUUAACAUUACAGUGUGUGUGAGCCCGAGCUGGUAAAGGAUCAGAAAAAGUCCACAGUUUCCUUCCCUGACAGGCUCAGGAGGGGGAAUAGCUGCAGCGCGUCCUAAAUGAUGUGAGAUAGGAACAUAAAUAAGGGAUGAAGGCGGAGGAGGACUUGCUUUCUGAAUUUAGAGGAAGGAUGAAGUGCCCUGCUGAAUGUGGACUGAAUAUGAGAGCUAACCUUGUCGACUGUGACUGUCUCUUCCUGAAAAGCAGGGUGUCAGAAAUGCUCUUGUUUGAGUUUCAGGGCGUUCAGUCAGAGAUGUAAAUGUGUUGUAGCUCAGAUUAGGAUGAAAUUUUUACAGGUGAGUCCUGAUCCAACUUUCUAAUCGUACAACAACCUGUGUAUUUUGGUGUUGUAAACCCAGAGGAUUGUGUGCGUGUCAGGUGGUUGAGAAAAAUGUAUACUGGAGAAAAAAAAUCAAGUUUUAAUGAAAAAAUGACAAUAAAUCAGCGACUUUACCGUUAAAACUAUAUGUUACACUUCUUUUUUUCUUUUAAGAUUAUUUGGCAAAGUCUCCAAAAGUGCAUUGUCACCGUUCAGCUAAUUUUAAAUCGUGUAAUUCAUGUUAAAAAAGUAGACUUGAGUGUGCUGCUGCUCACUAACAUUUGAUACUAGAGGAGUAAAAGUGUGAGUAGGACCCCAGGGAGUCAUUGUUGGGGCCCUACACAAAGCUUAGACCAGCUCUGCACUCUUACAGGGCUCCCCCCCACCACCACCAACACCAUCUCACACACACACAGACACACACAACAAAUCACACACAGUACUGAGGCUCUCUGGUUGGUAAAAUUAUACUAUAUUUGUUAAACACAAAGACAAGUAAGGGAGAUUUUCUGCAAACAAGCGUAUCUUUAACCCCUUUUUGUCAAAACAAAAUCUUAAAUUAUAGUACUUAAUGCCAAAAUGAUCAGCAUCUCCGUCUGAUCAGCAAGUUUUCUGACAUUUUCUGACAUUUUACCUCAAGUCGAAGAAAAACUAGUCAGGUAAUUGUAUUCAGAGUUACCCAGGAUGAGCUGCAGAAAUUCAUGCCAUGAAGAAAGUCUGUGUGUGGAGGGAUUUGUUUAGCAUAUAAUAGAGUCACAAGUGCCACCAUUGGGCGUCGAAGGAUGCGUGACCUCAGAUAUUAGAGGUUAAAUCCAAGGGAAUCCAGGGGCCCUCCGUCCUCUAAGGCAAGUGUUUCGUAGAGGCGUCGAAUAAGGAGUCUGAAGUUGUUCGGUCCAGCCGAGGUUAACCUUUGUAGAACAAGGCUGCAUUCCCCCGCUUGUCUUUGUCGUGCUGAUGAGCUCUGAGAAGCAGCCUCUGCACUAGUUCUCUGCAUGAUAAGAGGGGAAACAAUCCCCCCUCCCCUCCUCCCUUUUGUGAUCACAAAUGAAAAAUCUGUUGCUUGUUUUUCCGCCUUUGUUGUUUUCAUCACAAACUGAACGCAUUGCUACUCUCUGAAGGACUGAUUGCCAGAAGAAAGAUGACAUGUAAGUUGCAGUCGGACCUUGUUAUAAUCCAUAAACGAUUGUUAUGUUUGAACCAGCGUUGGCAGCGUUCAGGGGGCAGAACCAUAAGAGAGAAGAAACAAUGAAAUGCCUCUCGGUCCCUCUGGAGUUUUCUGAGAGGAUAUUGUGUAUUUCAAGUAAUAAUUGUUGUGAGCACCGCACGGUCAUCUAAGGAGGGAGUAGUUGUGAUGCUGUGAUGGUGAGGUCCAUGAUCCUGCGUGGCUCGAUGGAAACGGUUUUCAUUAAAAAAUUAAAGAUAAUCACGCUUUACAUUAGGAGGACUUAAAUCAACAGCCCUGUUUGAUGUUAAUGCAGCAUGUAUUUUGCAUCAGUUUGGCCUGUUUGUGGUAAACGUGUUGAUAAAUCGGCUGAUCGAUCGAUCCUAAAUUUUGGGGGAUCGACAAUUGGCUGAUCCUUACAUAUCAAAUUGGUUUUAUCUACCUCAGCAAUGGUCUGAAAGUCAGCUGUUGUAGCUUUUUGCUUUGCCAAAAUGACAGGUCACGUGCGCACACACAACAGUCAUCUGGAACAUGAUCAACCAAGCAUGUUGAACCCACUACAAGGAAACAUAAAACUCAGGUUUAAGCUAUGUUCUCAGUUUGUCCUGUAGAUUAUUAUUAUUACACCAACUUCCUCAAACCUUGAGAUUUCCUUUAUUUGUAAAAGCAAAAUACUGCUGUGCAUUUUAUUUUGGUAAGAGGCUCAAAAAAGGCCUGCAGUCUGACCUGUUGCACAAGUAUUGUUAAUUUUUAUAAUGUGGAAAAUAAAAGACUAAAGGAACUGAUAUAAUUUAGUAGUUUGGACAGCAAUAUUCUAAACUUCUCAUUUAUAUUUGAGAGAAAUACUGUAUUUUCGCGCUAUAAGGCGCACUUAAAAUCCUUUUGGCUUGUCGGAGCACUGACGCUACCGUAGCCUUGUGGAGUUAUUGAAUGAGUUUAAUAGAGUUUGACUUAUCUGACUGUUUUGUUUGGCUUAAAGCGCUUUAUAAUCCGGUGCGCCUUAUGAAUGAAAAUAGACGUGAAUAGACGCAUACGGUACCUCAUGUGCAGUUAAAACAAACACAAAAAGUUUGCAUUGUUUUCCAAGCAUUGUUCAAUGUUUUUCAUCCAAAUUAGAUUGGAGCAUCGAAGGUGUAUGUUGUUGGUUAUAAAAAAAAAAUCAGUAUCGGCAGGUCAAGCUUUUUAAAGAUCAGUGAUCGUCCAGAAAAUUGUGAUCGGUGCACCCCUAGUUUGUGGUGGAGUCAGCGGUUCUUCUUGCUUUUUCAACUCUGCAGAGUUGAGUACAACCAUAGGGGGGGGAGGUGAGUUUUGUAGCCUGAAGCAUUAGGUUUAGUUGAAGCUGCAGUCUGUCAUCUUGUGAUUUAUCACACAUAGAACUAAUGGGUAGCUGUCACAAUUACACCACUCUAUUAGACAUGAGAGCUGGGCCCUGAACACCCCCCACUACAUACACAAUAACACACACACACGCACUCAGUCACACUCACAAAUGUUGACAGGACAGCUCCAGACUUUGUGUGGUUAUUUGAGGACACCACAGAAAUCAGAAACAUGCGGUGACACAAAAUGACCAACCGAUUGUUCCACACAGCAGAAUUUCUAUUUCUCUAUUUCUCUUUUCCACGGGCGCCUUUUUUAAUAAAUAAACUACGAUGUGUCAAAUUUACCUCCAGCUGUUUUUUAAAUGUUGUGUAAUCUGAAAUUUGAUGAGCACAAGAGUGAAGGGAAAAGCUAUUUUUUGCGGCCCUAUAAUCUUGACCUCGGUACAAAAAUAGAAAUCAUUUGUUUGUUCGAGGCUGCGUGUGUGUUUUAGCAAAUCACAAAGCUUGGUGGGUUUGAUGUGUAAUGAAAGGUUACAACAGCUUUGACAGGCACGUUAAAAACACUCCCAGGGUUUAAAGGUUUUUGAAUAAAUAAGUAAAGGGCAUGAAAAUUAAAAUACAGACCUAAUUCACCCAGAAGAAGUCCUUGAAUUAAUGCGUCUAUUACACUGCAGUGACUCCUAUAUAUAUGAGUCAUUUCAUUUGAUUCUGUUUUAUAGAACAAAAAGACCGGAAAUACAAAAGGGAACAGAGCAGUAUUAGGUGUCACGUCUGUCUGCAGAAACCCCAAACCACCAUAAGACUUAAAUUUUUUUGCCUUUUGAUGUGAGAUAAUAAUAGCAUCAAACACUAUAGUUAUUUGCGUGGAUAUGUAAGAAGUGUUUUCAAAUUCCCUGCUUUCCCGGGGCGUUGCAGUGUUCACCAUUUCCUCUAAAAUCUUUCAGAUCCAUUUUUCAAAGAACUGGAAUCCUACACCUGUUUGGUGCCGCCUAAGUCAGAAUCACUCAAACAAAGUAUGUUAGGAGUGAGGUUUAGGGGGGGAAAUAAUGUGCCGGAGCCCCCAGACACAGGGUAGUAUUUCUUUUCCUGGACACACAGCAACAGACUCCCCUUUGUGUCCGACAUUUCAGAGUAUGCAUGUAGCAAUUUUUAGGAUGACUCUCACUGCUGUGGAAGCUAACGACAGUCUGCAGGUGUUGUACUUAUUAUCCUUACACACUCUGCUUUGAUAUAUCCUUGUCUGCUCAAAGCCACAGCAGAACAUAAUCCAGCUCAUGUUUUUCUCCAAACCUGCUCCCUUUUCCCAGGUAUUUUCAAUUCAUUUUAGAGUAUUUUGCAGGUGCUGUGUGUAAAACCAUGGCCAAAGAACAUUUCAGCUCACAUAUGGGUAGGAAAUCAAAACAGGGUCCAGCUUUUAGCAUUUUUUCCCCGCAUUAUGGAAUUAUGGAUGGAAUUUUGGGUGUUUUCGUAUGAAAGGUUUAAAAAUAACAGAACAGAUGUUAAGCUGAAACUCAUGCUAUGAUUUGAUAAUGAAAGAUGAACGUAGGUCGAAGGAGCUUUAAAUACAUGUAACGAGUAGGGCCAUAUUGUCUCGAUACUUGGGCUACGAUAUAAUAUUAUCAUGAUACUUGGGCUACGAUAUGAUAGUAUCACGAUACUUGGGCCACGAUAUGAUAUUAUCAUGAUACUUGGGCUACGAUAUGAUAUUAUCGUGAUAUUUAACAUUUUUGCAAUACAGUGAGUAUUGCAAUACCAUAUAUUGUGAUUUAUACAAUGAUUUCAACUGUUUAGCACAUUUAGUAUUUGUCUAAUUUUUUUUUGUCUUAUUUACCCAAUAUUUUUUUUUCUUAUAGAACAUCUUGCAAACCUAAUAUAUAUAUUUGUUGCACUAACUCUCUCCUGCUCCAUGAUUUCACCUCUGCCAACCUGACUGGACAAACAGUUGAUUGUAUUUUUCCAUUAUCAUAGAUUAUACUUCAUAUUAGCAAUUAAUUUGAAAAAAUCAAUACUUGGUUAGUUAGACGAUACAAUAUAUCACCAGAUAAAAUAUUGCGAUACUAUGCUGUAUUGAUUUUUUUCUCCCACCCCUAGUAACGAGGUAGAUUAUGCUUGAAGAACUGCAUUGAUAAAGUAAACGUCGCCUUUAGAGGACAGGAAGCUCCCAUGAUGCAUGAGAAGUAUCGUCUGUCCUAUAGUGAUCAUAACCUGAGAUCUGGACGGUCAGAACUUAAACCUUGAAGGUCACAGAAAUAGUGUCAUCCAAGCCGACAACAAAUGUGGUUUUACCUCAUUAGUAGCUUCCAUACGAUGCCAAUGUAAACAACGCUUUAGUGUUUACUGCAGAGUGAAUGAUGGCGAGGCGAAAUCCUAUUUCUGUGUGAUUCUAUUUUUUGAGUUUGAACAUGCAAGCGGAUGACAGAAACCAAAAUAAAAUACUCGUAAAUAAAGUUCCUGAAAAAACUCCAGAGCCAAAAAGGAGUUUCAGAGAAGAAAUGUCAAAGUGAGUCAUCAAACAAUUUGCUCUAAUAGAGCAAAUUGUUUGACAUGGCUGGCCCUAAAACCUUUAUGUUUGAUUGCCCAUCAUGCACUAAAAAAACUCUCCACUGAUGGAGAGAAAUUGAGGCUGACCAUUUCAAACUGCUCCCAAGUACUGCUCACAGACUGACUCGGCCCAACUGUCGGGUCAAUGUGUUUUACACCACUAGAGUUAAAUGCACUGCAACAAAUUGCCGCUCUUUCGUCGUUGUUGUUAGUUUGCUGCGGCUCUGAACAACAAAUAAAGAAACACUAAUAACUUGACAAGUGAAUCUGCUCUCUUGAUGGUCUAGAAGAAGUGACAGGAUUAACACAAUGUCCUUACAGUGUUUGAAGGUUACAUUACGAGGGCGAUGUGUCAGACAGGCGUCAGGCUCCUGGCAGCGAUCAGACUAAGUGGCAUCUUACAUUUUCUGCAUCUUCGAAAUCUUCCCAUCAACACAACCUCCUCCCUCGUGGCAUUUCAUCAUGACCAGGAUAAUCUUAUGCAAGAUAGUGAAACGGCAGUUAAUUUGCAGGUAAUUAAGCCCUGGUGGUUUACAGCUGGAAAGCAACAUAUACAGUGAGGCUGCAGUUACUACAUGACAAUAUGGAAACAGUGAUGUAAGGACUUUUCAUUGUUUACUAUUAAUGAGUGGCAUUGUAAGUUCUUUUUUAAUCUAAACUGUCGCAGGAUUUGUUAGGGAAGUGUCAAAUUUACAUGUACUGGUCUUUUACUUACUCUGAGCUGUGAGUGUUUUUUCUUUUUCCCUGUCAGAGUCAAGAGCAGCGGCUUUAACAAACACCUACAACAGAGUCUUUUCAGCAGUAAUAUGCAUUCUGUUAGCACAUCACCUGAAUAGCAGAUUUUUGUGAGGUGUUUUCAUUUUGCAUCAACGAGGAGUUUCUAUUUCAGUUCCUACUCGGCGCAGUUUGUGGUUGUAGCUGUCUUAGAGGUCUGUGGAUUCAAAUUCUUUUAAAUGAAAUAAUGUAGUCGAGGAUGCACUCGGUUUACAGUCUUGAAAUUGCACGGAUGUGAAGAGAUCUUAUUACUACGUUGGUGUUGAAAGACCGAGCGUGUAACCUUGUCUUGGAGGAGUCCGGUGUGGAUCAAUCACGGCUGAUAUCUGGUUAUUCAAUCGAAUGAAGUUUCAGAAGUGUACACUUUUUGAAAUCCCAUCUGAUGCUGUUGUCAUUCACUUAUAACCCCAUCUACGGUGGCCCUGAGGUGCAAAACACAACAGCAAAAGAGAAAACACAAUGGUUAAUGGUGUUGUGUUUUCUGUUUUGCCGUUGUAUAUUCUCGUUUUGUGUUGUUUUCUUUUUUUUAAUGAUUCAAAUUUUAUUGAGUUUUAAGUUUUUAUUACAAGAUUAAACUAAAACAACCAGUAUAAAAAAAGGAAGAGUCAUGAUACAGGCUCAUGACAGUAAGACAUAGAAGUAAAAACAAUUAAAUAAAAAUAAGUACAUCAGUCUAACUCAGGUAAAAUUAGUCCAUGCUUAAUCAACAUGUGUUGUGUUUUCUGAUUUGCCGUUGUAUUUUGCACCUCAGGGCCACCGUACCCAACAGAUUAGCUCAUUCAGACUAAGUGUAUUUUCUGGUAUUAGUUUAGACGUGUUUGUAUAAGUUUGUAUAAUCAUCAUGGAGUGUAUCAUGGGUACUCGAGUCUUUUUAAUUUGCUGUUAUUUCAUUGGACUUAUUUAAUUUGAUGUUAUUGGCUGUGGCAGUUGGAUUAGGUAGACAAACAACAUGAAACUUUUAUACAAUCAUAACACAUUAAUGACCGUGGAUGUGUUUGGUUUUCAGCAUUACAAAUGAAGCUGCAGAUUACUCCCGAGUAUAUGAGUCCAGGUCAGAGUCUGUAUCAUGAAAAUGUUCAUGUUGUUUAUUGCAGCGAUGUCGGUACGAAUCCUGAGUAAGGUUUUAACUUCAUGGUGCGAGGCUCGAGUCCCUCGUUCCUCUCAGAUCUCAUGCUAAUUUGUUGCUGUAAGCUUAAGCUGUGAUUUCUCUGACAGAGACUUUUAAUGGAGACAAAUUAGGGCUACAUUAAAGGGAAGGUGCAGGACUUUUUGAAGCUUAUACUCCUCAAUGACAAAGCCCCUCUUAAGACAUGAAAACAGUUUUAGGUCAGAGCUGUUAUUUUAAAAAGGUUGGCACCAGCUUCCUCUCAGCAUCUGUUAGUAGCUUGUCUUCCAAAUCGCACAGCGGUAAUUAUGUAUGCGCCUAAAACUGCGGUUAAGUUAAUAAGUAAUAUGAUUACACAAUAUGAUUAAAGGGCUCAGUUUUGGGGAGUCAUUUCCUCCCUUUUGCCCCUCAUACCAACUUUCAUGAUUGCACAAACGAUUCAAAUAUCAUCUGCUUGAAGGUAUGUUCAUGCAAAUUAUAAAAAAGUGUCUGCUACUUUCAAAGGUGAGGAAAAAUGCCUGACUGCUGCUGCUGCUGCUGCUACCUGAACCUUCAGAGAUGUAAAAAUUUACAUAAGGAGAGAGAGUAACAAGCAUUAUAGCACACAGGAAUACAACAGAAUCCCUCAAUAUGUCCUCUGCAAGGCUCCAAUGUUGACAAUCGGAGCAUGUUUGGGGAACAUGCUACAGUCAGAACAAAACCAUGGAAUAUUUUAAUCUGCCUGAAGUCAGUAGAAACGCUCUGGAAACAUUUAUUUAGACGAAUAGGGGAGUGGAAUAAUUUUGUGGUCAGUAUUUGUGGUCUCACUAAUCCAAGCAAUCAGAUAGCGUCUCACAAAGAGAUCUGUUGGCUUUGAUUAUGUCCAUGUGCAUGUCAAAUAACGUCAAGGGACGGCUUUGCAAGUCCUUAUAUUUGACAAGAAACAAGUGACAUGAGAAAGAAAGUCUUUAUGCACUCGAAAGGUCCCGGGCCAAAUGUCUGGCUGAAAACUGGCUCAAACUGGCUGCUCGUACUCUGAGACAUCAGAGCGCUGCCAGCAGGGCUUACUUUUUUUUUCAUGCAUCCAGACUCAAGGGUGGCAACCGUCACAUGAUUGUGACUACUGUGUUUAAUCCUGCAUCAAAACUCUUUAAAUCCACCUUUUUAAAAUUGCACUUUCAGGUCUUAUAAAGCAAAGUCACGCGCAGCCGUUUAUGCAAGUUUCUAAAUCAAAUGGAGUGAAAAAAGUCCUUGUUCUUGCAGAGAACUGUCAUAUUUUCACAACUUGCUGCACACCUGCAUGGGAAGGUUUCAGGGGUAGGGGAGCGCUGAAAAGGAGUUGUCAAAUUAUUUUGCAAGUGUUCGGCAGCGAAAAGGAGUGAUAGCUCUCGAGGGGGCUGGCCUUAAGCUGUUAUUCUAUAAAUAUUAAUAAAGCCCACUAGCCUGCCUGGGAGGAAGCGAACAGUUUGCUCAUGUCACAGACUGGGCUUCAGUGUGACAGGUUGUGAAAAGAGUGAUGGGAUGACAAAGAGGCAGUAAGAUGACAUUUAGUGACAGGCCUCAUUUUUCACAUAUGAAAUGGCAUCAGUGAAAAUAGAAGCAGAGGCCGCUGACCUCACCCUUGUUAUACUGUGGCACAGUCAGCAAACACUACCUCCAGUGGGUGUUAUAUUAGACAUAUUAGACAUUUCAUGGUGGCUAUUUUUGAAAGUUUUCAAACAACUCUGUACUUUCAUUUAGUCCUUUUUGAUGGAUUGAAACCAACAGUGUGGACAGGCACGAGAAAUUUUGGCUGCUGCUGACAUUAACUUGCCAAGAUGGCUGCAUGCAACUUAGACUUUGCAGCACGAACACAGAGCUUUGUCAUCCUAAUAGAUUUAGUUUUAUUUUUCCACGGGUCACAGAACAUGCUGGUAUUAUAACGAUUUUUAAACUCAUCAUUAAAAGUUGUAUAUUUUUAAAUGGAAAGACGCCCUUAAGGGUUUCUCAGUGCAUGGCUGUCUAAAAUAAACUCCCAAGUGGGAAAAUGUCACAAAAAUUUGGCAAAAGGUUUUUGUCAGUUAUAAUCAGAUAUAUAGUAAGUGCCUUUUAUAGCUUUUAUAAGUGUAACAUGAGGCCACUCCCAACAUGCACACACACAAACCAUAUAACUUAAUUUGCAGUCUGGCUUGACAUAACUAGCAAAUCUGCUUGUGAUUAUCAGGGUUACUGCUGGGUCUUUAAAAAGUCUUAAAACGUCCAAAAUCCACUAAUUUGAAUUGAAGGCCUUAAAAUGUCUAAAAUGUCUUAAAUACAUGUAGGGCUGGGCGAUAUGGGAAAAAGUUUAUCACAACAUAUUUUAUUCAUAUCAGCCGAUAUCGAUAUGUAUCACAAUAUUAAAUAAAUAUUUUCUAAUUUUAUUUAUUUAUUUUUUUUAAAUAGUAACAGUACAUAUUGAUGAGCAUUUACAUGUAAAUAUUUGGGAUUAUAGCCAAUUGGCUAAUUUCUAUCCCCAGUCCCAUUGGCAGGUUGAUGUUAAACAUAAGAGCAAUAAUGUUAAAAGUACAAAUAACACGACUAAGACAGUAAAACAAUGCGCUGACAACAUACACAUAAUAUACAUAAACACGUACACAGACCAAAAACUAAGUGACCAACAGUAAGGGGACCAAAAAGAUUAAAAGAGAAUUGUAAAGUGAUAAAGUGCUAAUUAGAGUGUUAUGGGCUAAAGGUGUUUAAAGUGCCAUUUGCUACAGUACAGCUUGUUAACAAUUACUUGUCAAUAUUAAAUGAAAUUUGUUUGCCACUUGGUUCUAAUUCAACACAUGAUUGGUUCAACGCGGCGCAACCCAGAACAACUCCCCUUUCAUUGGCUUGUCGUAUAGUCUACCAAAACAUGGCAGCAUGCUGACUAUCGAAAAGCAUAUGGACCAUGAUUCAUAUCGAUAUUGAGGGAAUUGUUUAUUUUUUUAAAUAUAUCAUUGUCGUUUUAUCGCCCAGCCCUAAAUUCAUAUUGAAAAGGUCUUAAAAAUCUACUGAUGUUACUCACAAAUAUUGAUUUGAAGUUAGUUUAAAAUGUCCCGAUUUAUCUUCAUGUCUUUUGUACUUUUUUGUCAGUAUGGAUGUAAAAUGGAUCUUAAAUUGUGUUCAUUAUGGUCUUAAAAGAGUCUUAAGGUUGGAAACCCUGAUUAUAUAUAUUUUUCAAUACUCAGUGCCCACAAAAUGCUAAUGACAGCAAAUGCGAACAUCAUAUAACUGGGAUGUACGUUUCUCCACCCUCCUUCAAACAUGUUAAAUAGUCGACAUCAGCCCGGCUGGUUGUAUUCCCAGUUUUCAGCUUAAACUUACUCGCAGACAUUAUGGAUUCGUUCUUAUCUAAAGAUUAAACAGGUGCGUUUACAGACAUGGCUACAAUACUGCAGCCAUUAUGCACCAGCUCUGUUAUCUGGGCUUAUGGUAUCUAAAGCAUUUGUAUUAAAGGCAUUUCACAGCCGUGGAAAGAUAAUUCCUGUGUGGUAAGGUGUAAAAUUGAGCAGCUUUGAUGUUAAGCGGUCUAUUUAAAUUCAAGAUGAGGUUGUUAAUUAGUUGACAAAAAUCUCUUUGGUUUUAAGAGUUUUUUUUUCUCUAAUCUCUCUGGCCUGAGAUCAGUUUGCUGCUCUGAGCUCAAAGAAAACAGAUAAGAACAGCCACAGAGUUUCUAAAUGGUUGCAGUGUACCUCUACACAUUUUUAUCAAUAUUAGAUCAUGAAAAACAUCUUUUGGAUCACUGAGAAUCCAUUCACCCGUGGCUCAGAGAUUCGGUCAGAUUGGAACUAAAUGUUGUUGGGACACUAUUUACUGUUUGAAAUUGUCGUUUAAUUGAAGAGUAAAGUCAGAAUCAUCAAGGUUGCCUUGUGAGUGGCCCGAACAUCUAUUUAUGGUCUUUUUGUGGAUGGAGAAUAACCUCAGUGAAUCAUGACAGCUAACUGUGCAGCGGGUGGAGCUGUAAUAUUUCAGAGCUCAGGGAAUAUUUACUUUGACAAGUUGUCCAGACAAGCAAUUCCAAUUGUGCUAUAAGGGGGCACAUAUAGUACACACUGUAAAUAAAUGGAUAUGGUGGAAAACUGCACGUCUGAGCCUUGAAGUAAGGAGAGGUAUAUGUGAAGUGUGUAUGUAUGUCAAAGUAGGAAUGUGAGUAGCAGCCUGUACUUACACAGUGACAUCUCAGGGGUGAAGAAAUCAAGAUGGAUUCAGUAUAUUUUUUUAAAGGAAUCCCUUAUAGAAUAAACAUGCCCCACAUACUGUACACACAAACUCCUUUUCCAUUAGGCUAGUUCCAGUGCUACUUUGGAGCCAGUGCCCGACUUGGAACCAGUUCUGUGUUUUCACAACGCCAAAGAACCGGGUCUGUGCCAGAAAAAACAGUUCCAGAGAAGCACUAAGUCCUCGCCGGGCUACAAGACUGAACUGUUUACAUGAGGGACUUCAGGCGGGGUUAUUUGACCAAAUUAAAGUCUCAUAUUUGCCGAAAUAAUAAAACAUAUACGAUAAUUAUCACCAUGCAUUGAGAUUUUGACCGGCAGAGUGCAGAGUUACAAAGCUAGGAGUAGGGCUGGGCGAUAUGUCCACGAAUUAAUAUCAUGAUAUUUUGAUCAGUUCAUCUUGAUAACGAUAAAUGGAUGAUAACUACUCCACAAGCUGCUCUUCCCCGCCCACAUUAACUUCGUCUACUUCAGCCGCUCCAACUUUUGAACCGUCCUCCAUCUCCUCACCUGUCUUUCCCUCUUUGUUGGAUGGGGUGGAGUCACGUCUGUGAUGUAGGACAGCGUCUUAAAGGGACAUGAGACCAUAGCCUGCCUACACACAUCCAAAAACAACUUUGAUUUAUUUAUUCUUUUGACACCGAUUGUAUUGAUAUGGGCAAAAUGACGUCUGUUAUUGUUGUAAAUUUUGGUAUUUGUAAAUUUUCUGUUUAUCGCCCAGCCCUACUGGUGAUAUUCCUGAUUCCAGUCUUGUAGAUCAGCUACCUGGCAUACUACGUGCAGAGUAAGUCCACCAGCAAUAAUAUGCAAAAACCACUACCGCUUGGAUCAGAUCUGAAAACCACAUGGAUGAAAAGACAUGUUUAAUUAUUGAUCAUAUGAUCAUGUGACGUUUAAAAGUGCGUCCAGCCUGCUGCACUGACGAUGAAGAGGAAGAGCAGAGAGAGAGAAAUGUAUUUUCAUUUAUCGGUGUUUUCAGGCACAAAGGGCCUUGACUCUAUUUUCUAUUUUUGUAACACAUACCUUAGACUAUCUCCUGAGUGAUGGAAGAAAGACUUUCACUUUUAACACCUUUCUCCAGUCUUAUUCUCGUCCUCUCUGUUCCCUCUGUAGUUCAGUGUGGUGUUGAUGUUUCCAGAGUUCAUCCUGAUCAGUUUUAGGAGGACUAUGUAAUGGCUGUGCUGGUACGAGAGUCACAUUUUUAAUCGUUUUUCCUCAACUCAGCCUGCCGCAGGUCUCUGGGAAUAAGAGAUAUAUUCACUGACGUCAGCAGCGGUGUAAUGACGUUCACAGUGUGAACCAGCUCUGAAUCUGCACCAGGGCCACUCUGGUGGAAACGGGGUAACAGAGGACAUAGAUCCCAUUAUGUGUGCAGAGCAAAGCAGCUAAUUAGGAAAUAAUUGCCUUGUUGAAUGAAUGUGGAGCCCGUUUUGUAGUCCGCUAUCUCUCUUUUCUACGAAUUCUCGUGGAUCCAGGUAUUCAUCAGGCGGGGCUCCUGUAUCGUGUCAGGUGAUGAGCGGGUCCUGAUCAGGAUGUGGACACAGCGCUGCCGUUGUUUUCAACAAAAAGGAAGAACAUCGCUGACUUUAGUGAUUUGUUGGAGAUUAGAUUUGUCUAAUCUAUCAUAGGUCCCUGUACUUCUUCCUCUGUCAGCUGCAGUUGUGGGAUUAUUUUCUUCACAUAGACACUUUAUACUAACUGUAAGAUGUAAUUGAGCCCCAAAUACCAGAAGUCAAAACCCAAACAAAACGUCCAACUUUGAAUCAAUAACUAUGAAAAAUAAACUCAUUUGACCACAGAUGUAGCUCCUCACGUUGAGUCAGUCUGAUGUCCACAGGGUUAGCUUGACGGCAGUAACUCAUCAUGCCUCGGCCUCUUUCUCAUUGCAGAGCCAUUUGGUUGUGCUCCCCCCUGCUGUGAAGAUGCAGAGCAAAGGAAGUUUAAUGUGGUGCUGCAGUGUGCAGUAUCAUCUGCCGCUUGUGAUGUGGGUCGUUCGCUGGCACCAGACAAUAAAACAUGAGAGAUUCACUUCUUACUCAGAGAUGCACGUGGUCCAAGUUACUGUACAGCAGUCUGGUCCAUUUGAAUUUAAUAUUUUGUAGCUGCAGGUACCAGAGGAAAAAAAACAGAAAUGGAUCUGGAGCUCUUUAUUGACGUGAGAUACCAAUGCUAACACUGUUGCUUUCACAGUGUCAGGUUGCUCAGAUAGUUUAUUUUUCAGCCAUUUAAAACAAAUAUAACCUCAUACUGUGUUAAAGCCGAAGAGUACAGCUCUGUUAGAAAGUGCAACAGGUCUGCUCUGUUCUGCAAACACAGCACAGUCAGAUUCUUUUAACUAUAAAACCAGCUGUUCACCACAACAGUCCUGAUGCAACAUUUGCUCAUCACUGCGCUCCUGUGUGUGUAGAUGUGUGUGUGUGUGUGUGUGUGUUAGUGCUACUGAGUAAAAAUAAGCUAAGAACUGGGAGGAAAAUCACUGGGAGGGACAGCUUAAAGACGAAGACGGCGUAGCUGAAGCAGAAGGUCAAUUAAACAGACUCUAAACUUUCGUGUAUUAUCUCAUCAACAUAAAUGAAAACACUCUCAAAAAUAAGAAAAGCUUUACACAGUUAGACGAUUAAUGUAUUUAAAUGUCUCUGUUUGGCAAUGAUCACAGAAAUGCUGUUUUAUUAACUUAAUUUAAACUCCUGAAUCAGGAAUACAUGAGUUUAAAUUUAAAGAUCUUUGUAACAACUUGGUUGAAAGACUCAUGACCUUUAAUAUGUGGAAAAUGAAUAAAUGUAAAGCUGCCAAAACUGAUUUGUCUUACUGAGCCCCCUGGUGUCCUGUUAAAUUAGGUCAAAAUUAGGGCUGGGCGAUAAACCGAAAAUUUACCGAUACUGAAAUUUACAACAAUAACUGUCGUCAUUUUGCCCAUGUCAGUAUAUUCAAAAAUAAAUUAAUUAAUUAAAGUUGGUUUUGGAUGUGGGUAGGUAGGUUAUGGUUUCAUGUCCCUUUAAGAUGCUGUCCUACGUCAGAGACGUGGCUGAAGUAGACGAAGUUAAUGUGGGAGGGGGUGAGCAGCUUGUGGAGUAGUUAUGGUCCAUUUAUCGUUAUCGAGGUGAUUUGCUCAGUAUAUCGUGAUAUUGAUUUGGGGCCAUAUCGUCCAGCCCUAACUUGAACUGUUUUUAAUAGUCUUCACUUUUUAUGGGCAUCAUCAUCUUUCAGCUUUGCUCUCAGAUUACAUCGCCACACUGGUGUAAGUAUUACUGUGAAAGAGUCUGUGUCUUGUGGAUGCACAAUACUCGCCUAAUGUAGCUCAAAUUAAACACCCGGGUUCAAAGUAAGCAGUAAAAUUUCUCACGUCUUCGUUAUGACUGAGAGCAGUGUUCCCUCGUUUAAUCACAGUGUUAGAAAAUGUCUUAAAAUGACUUCCAAUCAUCAUCUAUCUGUGCCCACACUUUGUACAGUAUGAUACACGUGACAUUAAAGAGCAGAGAAGAGCUCAGUGCACUCAUGUACUAUCUCCCUUGUGCAACAUUCAACGUAAAAUGGCUUUUUAAACAAAUAAUAAUAAUGAGAUAGAAACCCACUCAUAGUACCGUCCCAAGAACUGAGUAAUUACCCAAUUAAAUCAUAGAGUAUUUUUGUAACCGAGGUCACACGUCUACAAAAUAACAGGAAUGAUCUCCUGAGUAUCUCAUAUCUAACUCGACAUCUUGUAUUGCUUUUCUGAGUGGUUCUUAAAAUGGUUAAAAUCAUCCUACCACUCUUUUGAACGCUCUAAUUGAUUGAAACAACCUUUGGGCUGAAAACAGUAAUAAGCUCAGAUUUGCAGCUCAAGGAAGUCAGUGGGCAUAGAAUCUCUUUGAUGGUCCUCCAAUAGGCGUGUGACCUUUUACUUAAUAAUGCAAUGUACUCUUGGAUCAGAGAGCAUACUCUUACUUUCACAGCCAGCUUGCAUUUCUAGAUAUCCAACCAACAUGUUCGAGUAUUUUGCAGCAGUUCGAUGAGUGGUACAUGUGCACUGUUGAAUAAGUAAUGGGGUUGCAUGCAUGCGCUAACAGAGCUGUUCAUGCCCUCUAAACCCACUGCCUCGCCAUAUUUUUAUUACUGUCUUUUCCAGUUCAAAUGAUCUGCUCUGAAGCGGCUCAGAGGUUUUUGUAGAGCAUAAAUAUGAAAUGCAUGAGGUCCCUGUUAGGUAAAGUUGAAAUUCUCCCUAUCAUCUAUGGUGCUGUACGGUUAAAAGCUGCUCUGGUAGACAUGGAGAGCUGUGUGGACAUUUUUAACUCUGGGCAUUAGGGCUGCACGAUUAAUUGAUUUCAAUUCAUAAUCAGAUUGAUUAUGACAAUGUUAAAAAUAUUAAAAUUGUCGAAUCAAUUUUCCUCUCUAUCAUGUCUCACGCCUCCAGGCCACCUUGGGCUCCAUCUUCCUCUCCAGUUCCCACACACACCAGUGUAAACAAACAUGGCGUUUGCUUAAGAAGGUGAUAAUUUUGUGGCUAAAUAGGACAAGAGCGAGUCAGUCGUGUUGAAUUGGUACGACUUCACAGCUUCAGAUGAAGAUCAGACCACUCUCCGCUGCAAAGUCUGUUUGAAGGCGGUAUCAACCCGUCCACAUGGAAACGAAUUUAGGAGUAAACGCAAAAGUUUUUUGUCAUAUCGGCGUUUCAUCCACAUGGAAGCAUGUCUAUCACAUCACCACAUGUCUAUCUGCAUCUCUGGAAACGAUCAUGUGACACAGCGUAACUCUUUUAUGGCGCCUGUGCAUGUCCGGACAAAACAACCUUUAUACACAUACUCUGUACUCUUCUACUGUCUUUUAUGCAUUUCCUGUGCAGAGUUACAGCGCAACCUAUUGGCUCGGCAUAUGCACUACAUUGUUUACAGUGGUUUUGUUUUGAGAGAUGAUAGAAAAUAGGGCUGGGAUGAUAUGCUUUUCUCCCGAUUUGAUUGUUCUACGAUCUUUUGGAUGGCGUUUUGUAGGCCUGGACGAUAUAGAAAAAAAGCAUAUCGAUAAAAAAUAAAUCAUAUUGAUCGAUAUCGAUAAUUAUCGAUAUAAUUAUUAUAAUUAUUUAACAUAUAUUUUAAUUGCAGCCCUGGAUGUUUUAUGCUAUUGCUUAAUGACCUACUUUUAAUAAAGAACACACAAGCACUAAAAUCAAAUUCAAACCUUUAUUCAACCACCUUUUUAUUUAUUUUUUUACCACAACUGAAAGUUUUUUAAAAAAGAACUUAAAAAAAAAAAAGAAAUCAACUUAAGUGGCCUGGGUGACGUCAGUAAAUACUGACAAACAUAAAGACUAAAGUGACCAGAAAAUCUGAUAAAUAAAUAUUUAAAUAGUCUUUUGAUGAAAAUAAACAAAACAAACAAAUAUAUAAAUAAACAGAAUAGCUUUAGGUGGGAAUAGCAUACUACCAGUUUUAACUGUGUGGGAAACUGCCCACAGCCUGGUGUCUGAACACUGAAAUAUUUCUCCCGGGGUCGGGAGAUUUCUUUUUUUUAAUUAUCAUAUGAUUGACUUAAUACGCAAACUGAGCACGAGAAGCAGGACUUAUCCACGCCGGUGUUGUGUCGUAGAAUGCACCCCUGCCGAACGCACCCCCUGCUAGUAGCCAUGAUCCAAAUACUCGCGUAUGAGCUCAUUUUCUUCCACUUUAAGAAGCUAAUGAGUGGACGGGAUGCAGGGGUGCAUUCUACAGCACAACACCGGAACGUAUUUCCUCCGCACCCUUCUCAGCUUUUCAACCCCUGACCCGUUUUCAUGCCUGAAGCGCUGUGUUUGAGAAAUACUUGCGGCCGGGCACUUCAUAUCGCGGGUCGAGAGUGGCUAGAAGCUGGUCGAAGCCAGGCUUUUCAACGGUAGUUAUUGGCAGCAUGUCACUGCAUGGGUGAUGUCCUUAUGCCGCUUUGACGCUUUGUCGUAUUUGGCAAGAAACGAAGUCCAGUUUGGUCUGCUUCACAUGCUUUGUGCUGGUGCUGGCAGCGGUUCCAGAGGAUUCCUCCUCCGACGACGUGGAGCCGCGGCGCGCGGCCGACACAGCUCGUACUCCUGCGGGUGCGAUCGGUUUAGAUGGUAGAACAAAUUUGCAAAUUUUGCAAACGACCGCUGUUCGCUUUUUGUCAGACUUCUAAAAACCAAAACAUUGCCAUGCUGGUGAACUACUGAAACCUUUUUUCGGGACAAUUUCCUCCGCUUCUCCUUGCUGUAACAUUUUUUCUAAUACACGUGCUGUCUGUUGUGGUUUGAGAGGGGCUGGGCUUGGUGCUGUAGCGUACCUGGGUCUGCGUUUGUGAUUGGUUGGGAGGAAGUAAUGACUGUAGUAAAAGCUACAUGAUAGGCUAUGAUGAAAAAGAAAGGGAAACUGUGUUUUUCUAUCGAACUUUUUAUCGACCCGUUUUUUUUCUAUCGCACCACACGUCUAUCGAUCGAUAUAUAUUGUUAUCGAAUUAUCGUCCAGCACUAGCGUUUUGAUUUAAAAUGCGAUUCCACGAUUUUGUCGAUCUUUUGUUUGCAUUUUUAACACCAGUGAAACAGCUGAAUGAUUGUGAUUGUCUUCUGACCAUUACAGGAACCAUAUUCCCCCAAAAAAUACACCUCACAUGUAAGUCAGUUUGUAAGAGUAAUUCUUAAAUAAAAAAAAAAAUAGAUUUAAAAACUGUGAAACAAAACAUCGUGAUACUAAUGUGAAUCGAUUAUUUCUCCCACCCCUAAUAGAAAAACUUGUUUAAGUAAUUUUUUGUGAUGUUGUCACUGAAUAAAAAAUCAAAAUUGAAAUAAAAAAAUUGAUCAGGAAAACCAGGAUUUUAUUUUCGUCCAAAACCGUGCAGCCCUAAUGUGCAUAUAAAAAGUACUUAGAAUUAAUCAGUCUGCUUUGUUUUUGCUCUUGUUUUGGUCACCUAACCGUCUCACCUGCUGAUUGUGAGCUGCACAGAUGAUACCAGUAACUCAAAUACGCCAGUGUUACAUGGUCGGUAAGCCUCUUGAUCUCGGUUGACUCCCAUGUUGCAUCAUUUUUAUAUUGAAUCUAUUGUUAAAGUCACUCUAUAUUCCGCUGCUGCUGGUUGGAGGUUUCCUGGCAGAGCGGCUUCAAAAGGCUUUCUGCUCCCAAAACAUGUCUAGUUGCAGAUUUGAGGAGUAUGUUGUCAAAAUGUCACAUAGAUUGCUGGUAGAGGUGUAAACACAUGCUGUCGACUUGAGAUGUCUCAUUGUUAAGAAUCAGCUUAGAGUGAGGAAAGAAAACCAGCUGACAGUUUCCAGAAUAUUCUUUAAUUUCUUGGCUAGUUAAAAAAAAUCAGCUGUUUCAAUCAGGAGGAAAAAUAAGCUCUGGCACAGCUCUGUCUCUCCCUCUUACCCACUGUGCCACCCACCCACACACUGCUUCAUGUCUCCGUUGCUCUGCCUGUCAUUGUUCGAUGCAGUGUUGUGUAAAAUGAACAACUUGAAGGAAAACUGGGAUUUUGGGUUCCUCAAGUUUUCCCUGUAUCUUUUUGGAUUUCACGGUGACCGGAAUCAGACAUGGAAGUGAUUAGUUAUUGCACAUGAGCCAACCCGGCUGAACGAAUUUCCCAACCCUAGGAAAUAACAUUACUCUUUCUGUAUCAGUGAUGCGUUUGUUCUUUUGUAGUUGUAUUUAAAUACUUGAUAAUGACGGAAAUCUGCUGUAUCAGAUUCAUUUUCUAAGAUGACUGCAGUUACUGUAUUUUUUCAUUCUCUCAUGAAUCGAUUUAUUAAUCAGUGAGUCUAAGAUCUUUAAAGACUCUUUGAAUCUUUUGGAGUUUCUCAGCCGCAAUAAACCAAGGUCAGAGUACUCUGUAAGACUUAAAAAUGUGGCACACUUCCAGAAACGAUAAAGACCAGAUGGUGCUAGACAUGUGAAUUUCUGAUUUAUGCAUGUUAGUCUCCACACUUCAUAAGAUACUUGCACAAGUCUGGGGAGCUUUAAUCAUUUUGGUGAAAUAUGCACAAAGGAAAAAACAUGUAUGGGAUAGUUUUAUACCUUGUAUUUGUUGCACUUUUCUUAAUGGCUGUACUACAUGAAAUAAAACCCCGGCACGCAAGAGAAUAACAUCCCAACAUCAAUAAAUAAAGACACGAGACAAAGAAGGAUACAUGAUCAGACAAAAAGCUGCAUAAAAACACACAAAGUCUGACAGGAGAGAGUUAAAAACACGGGCUGGAAGUUGUGUGUGUACUCUGAUGUUUGUGUUCGACUCAAAGCUGUAUUUCACCUUUAUUUUCCUUUUUCGCUCUUAGUAUUCAGGCCAGCGCCUUUAUUGCUGUAAGUGGAGCUCUGUAUGCGCCUGAAAUGAUUUUGUGUGUGUCUGAACACGAGCAGAAACACUGGAGGAGCUUAUGUGAUUUAGAUCAUGACUGAGAAGGCUGCUGUUGUGCUGAGUUAGAAGAAAAUUAUAGAAAAGGAAACUGCUGUGCUAUAGUACACAGCUUGACCCAUAGCAGGGAUUAUUUAUUGCUGUCAGCUGUAAAGCUCAUAACUCCUGUUUUAGUUAUUUAUUUUAUGUGUUAACGUCAGGUCAAGGACUCUGUGUUGCUCUGUGGGCUGAAAACAGACUCGAUCUGUGAAAGUUUUUCAUUGUGAUUCACCAACCUGAGAACAAAGUGCCUCAACAAACUCUUUCUGUAAUGAGAACAGUGUUUCAAUGUUUUGCCCAAAAUUAAUAAAAGAGUAGGGCUGCACGGUUAAUCGAUUUUAAAUCAUAAUCGGAUUCUUUGAUUAUGACGAAAAAAUUAAAAUUGUCGAAUCGUUUUUUCCUCUCUAUCAUGUCUCACGCCUCCAGGCCACAGUAGGUUCCCCAGUUCCCACACAUACCAGUGUGAACAAACAUGGCGUUUGCAAAAGAAGGCGAUAAUUUCAUGGCUAAGUAGGACAAGUUGUGUUGAAUUGGUACAGCUUUGCAAUUUCAGACGAAGAGCAAACCACUCCUAGCUGCAUAGUCUGUGUGAAGGCGGUAUCAACCCGUCCACACGGAAACGAAUUCAGGAAGUUUUUUGUUGUAUCGGCGUUUCAUCCAAACAGAAACGACAUUUCAGGUGACUGUUAACGGCACUUUUUGAAAACAGGUCAGAGAGUACAUAAAUCUGUAAACGACGACCAUUUCAUCUCCGUGUGGAUGUCUAUCUGCAUCUCUGGAAACGAUCAUGUGACACACAGCUUAACUCUUUUGAUGAUAGAAAAAACAUUUUUUUAAAAAUCGAAAAUCUGGAUUUUAUUUUUGGCCAAAAUCGUGCAGCCCUUUUUUGAGCACUGAUGACUUGAUCUUGUACAUUUAACCAGAAAUAUGGUGACUCGACUGAUACACAGAUGGUAUCUCAGCAUUUUUAUUUCUUCAAUAAAAAUGUAAACUACUAUUACUCACACAUGUUUAUUCAUUUUAACAAAAGCAAAAAUGAGAAAAAUGACAAGGAAAGUACAACAAGCAAAGAUGUCUGAUUGUAAUUCAAGCCUUCAAACAUAAUUUUUGAAUUGAAUAUCUCUCUUUUUCAUUGAAAUGAUGCAAUGUGUGUCUUUUAUGUAAAUGCAGCUUCAUUGAAGAGUCUAUACUAAAGCCUCUCUGUCCCUCAAACCCUCAUUUGGUGUCAGUGUGUGAGUUUUGAUCCGCCUUGGUUCAUUAAAUUUGUCAGAUUGGGUAAGGACAUGUCAGUCUGUGAACAUCAUUUUCAUUCUUCUAUCUGCUGAAGGCAACAAAACAUCAUCAGCAGUGUUAGACUUAAUGAAGGGGACAGAGAGGCUGUUAAAUGACUACAACAGGGUUUAUUGGUGGUCUUUGUUAGUGCUUCAAAACUUAUCAAUAACAAGUCGUACCUGGAACAGCAGGACUCAGCUGUGCUGUGUAAUUGUUGUGUGAAGAACUAAUUUAUUUCUGGCAGAUAUUUCAAUUCUAUUUUAUUAAUUCUGAUUUCAUUCUGACCCAUUACGGAUAAAUAUCUUGAAAAUUUCAGUUUGUUCUGAUUCAUUUGAAUGGAGCUGUUUUCAAAGAAGUAACGUACUACAGCACUUUUUUAUCCGAGCCUGGAUUAUGUUUCUGAAACCAAAUAUACCGAUAUCAACAAAAUGACGUUGGUGAUUGUCGUGAAUUUCGGUAUCGGUAAAUUUUAGGUUUAUCGCCCAGCCCUAUUCAAAGGCCUUUUCUUUGGGGUAUCAUGCAGGUUGAUGAGCCUCGCAGGAAUGUCUUAAAGCAUUACAUGUAAAGAGUGAGACAUACUGAAGGCAAGGGCUCAACCUAUCAAGUUUUUGCUCAAUCUCUAACGUAUCUCUGAUCAAGGUAGGGCUGGGCGAUAUGGCCUCAAAUCAAUGUCACGAUAUAUUGAGCAGGCUACUUUGAUAAUGAUAAAUGGACGAUAGCUACUCCACAAGCUGCUCACCCCCUCCCACAUUAACUUCCUCUACUUCAGCCGCUACAACUUUUAAACCGUCCUCCAUCUCCUCACCUGUCUUUGCCUCUGUCCCUUUCUAGGACAGCGUCUUAAAGGGACAUGAGACCAUAGCCUACCUACAUACAUCCAAAACCAACUUUUAUUAAUUUAUUAUUUAAAACCAAAUAUACUGAUAUGGGCAAAAUGAUGUUGGUUAAUGUCGUAAAUUUUGGUAUCAGUAAAUUUUCAGUUUAUUGCCCAGCCCUAUCAGCACAUAUAGUCCUUGCCUGUAUAGGUUGAUAGGAAGAAGGGAAACAGAUUGUAUUCUGAACUUGAAUUAGUGUCUAAUUCAAUUUAAUGGCUAUUUUUUGGGGGGAAACAACCCAAGAGUUAGAGAAAGCCUGCUCUCGGUGAAAUAACAAAGCUAAUGGGUUUCAAAUGUGCUCUUAUUUUAACACACUGCAAAAAAGGAACGGCUUUUAUGAUGUUUUUUAGAGAUGAAGUAUUGAUCAGUGUGUUUGUUCCUUAUUUCAAAAGGAAUUAGUAAUGUAAGCGAUCAGCAUGUACUUUAUCUUCGACAUUAGGAUGACAGGAUGAGUGUGUUUCAGCCGAGCAAAGACAGACAAGCGUGUACUCGGGGACUUUCUGCCCUCCAAUGAGGAUUUGAAGGAAACCCUCCGCUUGUUUCCAAACUUGUUCAACACAGAGACGGUGUUAACAUGCUUUGUUCUAACACCAGAGCACAACCCCCGGUCCCCCAACUACCCCCACACACAUACAGACCCCUCCUCCACCUCCAUAUCCAAACACUCCCCUUUCCAAGUUGAGUAAACCUGCUGAGCGGCAGUGGAGGGAGCUUGGCCCUGAUUUCAGUGCAGUGGAGGAGCCGAGGGGCCCAGGGGACACUCAGGUUACCAGCAUCGAAUCCUGCAGUAUUAGCAGGGCACAGUGAAAUAACAGCCUGCCAUCUGGAACCCAUGUUAAAGCCAUCUUAGCCUCGCAGCGUUCAAUCACACUGACCUCAAUUAAGUGUUAUUUGUUCAGUAUUUUUAUUCACUUCUUCCUUUGCCUCCAGAUCUGCGUGUCUCCUGCAGUAACGUCUGCUCUAACAAACUGUGUCAGAUUGAGAGCCACGCCGAGAGUUUAGGUUUUCUUACCAUGUCCUCUGCUCUGUAUGAGAUUUCCCAUUAAACUUUAAGCAAGUCUGGCUCAUAAGAGGUUUCAGCAGGGAGAGAGAGAGCACUUUAAGUGCAGGGGGAUAAAGCUCGCUUUGUGCUGGAGAGAUGCUGCGUGGUAUGCCGGGUUAAGAGUGGGUGCUUUUUGGUGAGGCUUCAUGCUCAUGACUCUGUGGGGUCUUUCUUGACCCCACUUAAAGAGGAGACAAUAAGCGCUGCACGUGAGCAGGUCUUCCUCUUCUGAACCUCAUUUUCUUUGGUUUGAAGGGGAAAUUUAAUGAAACUUUUCUUCCUCGGCUGCGUUUUUAGCACAGUUAUAAUAAAUACAGCACAUGUUCUCUAAACCACCAGUUAGAUACUGUCAGUCAAAGCUGGAAAAUCUCCAUGACGUUAAAUGGAGAGAGUUGUGAUUUUAAAUAUUACCUCUGAAAGUGGGGAUGUGUGAUUAACUCCUGCAGUUGUUCCUCAAACUCCUUGAGUCUCUGGUGCAUUUUCCGCACCUCCAGUGAAGAAAAAAUUACUCAAGUUAAAAGAUCGAUCUUUGGAUUUUAUGAAUCGAUUAUUAAUCAUUUAAAGGGAAAUCGAUUAGAAUGGACUGAAUCGAUUUUUUUAAACCCGCCCAUUUAUCGGCCUUUUCUCGUAAAGCCUGGUGCUGGUGUGGGAUUGUUCAGUUUGUUUAAUUUCAGAUAUGAGCUUGACUGGGAAGCCAUUGUACCGACCUACAACCAAUCAGAUUAAUCUAGCGCGGACAGCGAAAUGCAAUAGCAGUCAUCUUGUUUGUAUAAGAUGCUCCUGCGUCAUCAUCUUAUAGAACCCGACCAUGUUUUAUACACAGGAUUGUAAACGGUCCAGUUUGUCUGACACCGAGGGGAAAUCAUCCUGAAUGACAGCGGGUCCAGACCUACCUGCCAGCAAAAAUCAAUGCGAGCUGGCUGCUGGGUCUGGCAACGCCGGGCUAAUGAAACUACGCUCCAUAUGGCGAAAAUGGUAUCCCAGAAUUUAAGUGCAAAAGCUGUUUAUGAACAAGUCUACAUUUAACAUUUAACAGUGUUUUGGCCAAAUAAGAUAUUCAGUUUAAUGGAAAAUAAGCAGAACAGCUUAAAUUAUGGAGCCUGAGCGCAGACAAUCAAACUCUGACAUCCAGGAUCCCAAACUCUGACAUGAGUCCCUGCAGUUCUUAGACUUCAUAAGAAAGUCCAUUUUGAUGCCUAAAUAACCUCUCACAGAUCAGAUAUGGUGUAGAGUGGCGGUCUUCUUCGUAGAGUAGAUGUCUCUUUGGUUUUUCAAGUGAGGCAGAGUGUUUCAGUGUUUCAAGACGUUUACCCACAGGAACGCUUUCAUCCUGUAGAUUUCAUCUUUUGAUGAAGUGGAUGUGAUUAGACGCAUAAUCUCUUAAUCAAGGUUUAUCAUUGACUGCUCAGCAUCUGGUGACAAAGGAUUUAAAGGUACAGUGUGUAGUACUCAGCAGCACUUAAUAAGCAGCAUAUAAACAUCAUUUUGUUGUUAUUUUUGAAUAAGUCGUCUUAGUAGUUCUUUCAGGAAUAAAUACUGGUACAUAAAUUAAUAAAAACAUCUAUGAAAGGCUGUUGGUCAGAGUGUACAUGAUGCAUUUCUCCCAUUGAGGAAGAAUUCACAAAUAAUAUGUUUGCAGAAGACGUUAUAAGACCAUGCUAGGUUUGCAAUCGACUGAUUCCUCCUGCUCCGCGCGAUAACAAAUUUCACAUUGCAGCGACGGCCGUUAUUAAGAAUAGCUUCUCGCAGCUUUAACCAUUCAGAUUUGAUACUUUUAUGCUUUUCAGGUUUUUGUGCUUUCUUGCUAAUAAAAAUUUCAUUGGAGCUCCAGAGGUCUAGUUUCUUCUUCAUGCAGAAAAAAUAUGCAGGAAGUGAAAAAGAAAAAAGGGAAAGAUGAAGCUUAGGGGGACGAAAUAAUGCUGCUAUCCUAAUGGCAGGGAGAUAAAGUACAGAGGAUUAUUGGUGUUUCAGACCAUGAAAAUGUGAGUUUUGAAAGUCUCACAUGAUACCCACUUUUUUAAAAUAUUAUAUUUAUUUGUGUACAUUGAGCCAUGUCUAUCACCCGCACAGCAGUCCAAAUGUGUCAGUGUAGUUUGAAAGAAAUACCACCGUAUGAGCGUCUCUCUCUUAUCUGUGUUUACCUUUUGUGAUGAGUGAGCACUGGUCAGAAAUUGCCUGGUGCUCUGUGCCCCGCUGUCAGCAAGUCACAGUGCUGGUCAGGUGCCAGAGAUGCUGCAAAGAUGCAGACUGCUCAAGCUGAAUUCCCUCCUAAAUAUGCAGCGCUAUCAGUGACAGGUAUCAACAGGAGAGUUUGCCUUUAAUGGUCCAAGAGGCACGUCUCUGAGGAUUUCGUAAACAGGUGACAUGAGGAGCACAGCGAGGGGCUUCUGAGCGUGCUGUCACUUCCUGGUGCUUCCUGUUUGCCCAGAUGUUCCUUCUGAAGCGCGGGUUAUCAAAACCGGUGCAGCAGAGAGUUUGUGUUACACAAGUGUCAGUAGCUACAACACCUACGUGAAUAAACACUAUUGACACUAAAUAAUGCAGCGAUUCGCAGCGUAGAGUCUGUGAUUAGACAUCCUGAAAAAAAAAGAAAAAUCUCCGCUUUCUAUCUGUACGUGAACUUAGCAUUAAAUAAGAGAGUGACUGUGUCUCAGCCUGUGUUGUUAGCAUAAACCAAACAAGUACGCAGCUCUGAAAGCAGUUUACCCUUGUAUCCAUUUGGUUAAUAGAUCCAUUAAGCAGCGUGGUGUGAGUAGAGUGCGGCUGCUGUGUGGAGCGCAGGAUGACGUGUUAAUCCUGGGUAAUUUAUUACUCUGGGUGUCGCUGAGCGAGGAGCCCCCCGAUAGAUCCCAUCUCACCGGGAUGGUCUUCAGCCGGGCUUCCAUGGGGUAUCGCCUGCUUAACAGCGACUCCAGCGUGCAGCACUCACAUCCGCUGAUGCAAGUAUGAUGUAAAAACCUGAGUGCAGGAAAACAACGGUGAGCUCGCACAUGGUGAUAUUAUAUGAGAGCAGCAGUCUUUGAAGGAAGGAGGCUAAAAGCACACCUGUAGAGAGGGAGAGGGUAAUCAAAUUUCCCCCCGGUGUUAUGGGCACUUGCUGGCUCUCAUAUGGUUUUUAUUUAUGGAAGUUUCCUUUUCUGUCGAGGGUCGGGUCCUGAUUACAUCAUGGAUGCUGAUUGUGGCCUGGAGCUGUAGUGAUCAAUCCUAAUUGACCCGGAGAAUUACAUUUAUAUAUAAAGAAAGGCGGAUGCAGUACCCUGCCCUGAUAGAUGAAUUUCCCUUUUGUGCAUCAACAAUCAAGACACAACACAUUUCUUUUAUUUUGUUUCCUCCUGUUUUUUUUCAGAGCUUGCAACGUUGGGCUCACACUGGGGAAUAAAAGCGGCAUUAGAGGCUGAUAGAAGAUAAGCCAAAAAAAGAAAUUGCAGAGGCAAUCGUGCAUAAGAGUUUUUACGAGCCUCAGCACUGUCUAAUGUGCAGCCAUUGGGAUCACAGAGUGCAGACCUCUGGUGCCUUGGAGGCAGAGAGAGGGGAUUGUGCAGGUCAACAUAGCAGUGCCAAGCGGUACCCGUCAGCCAUUUCAUGUCAUAAUCAGUUAGGGGCAAAUCAGCAUGCACCAACUCUCAGCGCCCCGGGAAAAUCCUCUCAGGAUGCCUGUCUCACUCUAACACUGAAAAGACGGCGAAAUGGAUUUCAUUCUUCCUGCUCCACGAUGGGGAUUUCUCUGUACGUGGGGAUGUGAUGCUCUGCUUUGUGAUCUAGAAAACAGGCACAGUGUGUUUACAGAGACCACUGCAGCAGCCACGCCUUCUCGACAUAGCAUCCUUACAGCCGGUGCCGCUGUCAUCCAGUCGAUGAUGAAGCUACAGAGUGAUUAGCCCCACCCAGAGGCUGUUGAGAUGGGAGAUGUGGGAGGUGUGUGGUUGUCAGAGCAGGGCUUGCAGAGAUGACUCAGUUAGGCACUUAAAGUCAGAUCAUUACCAUGCAGGAACCCUCUGUCUUUCUUUGCUGUGUGUGCUGAUUUUUUACUGUUGAUAUUGAACAGCUACUGGUUUUUACUGCCUUCACAACGCAGUGGUGCUUUCUGCUUGUUGUGCAUGACACUAUCACAUAGUAACCCUGUUCAAUUUUUUUUUACCGGCCAUAUUGGCUGAUUCGUCUCGCAUGGACCAGCAAAGAUCCAUGUUAUUACCAUUGGGAGGUAACUAUAUAAGUCAAGGUUAUGUGAGUAGUUGACUCUUUUUUAUGACAGUCAAACACGACCUCACAUUGUAUAUUUCACUUUGAUGAUCCUAUUGGAAACUCACUGGUGAGUGUAAUCAAAGUAUAUAAAGUUCAAGUUUAUAUCUUUAUUCUGACUGAGUUUCACUUCGGUGUUAAAAAAAGUAGUGAAAAAAAGGAGAGUCUGAACGUCUGAGGAAGGAACUCACUCCUGUGACUGUGGCGGCUGGUGAUCGAAGGACCUUACCAAGUCUGUGAUCUUCCCAGUGCACUUCCCCGCUCUGGGCCUAUACAAGAUCUGUAUCUCAAGGAAAAUCUCAGGACCCCCAUUGUGUGUGGAUUGUAAUUGGUAUCUAGCAGGAGGACUGCACCACUUUUCACACUUCCACUCAUAGGUGCUCUUUAGGAGGGAACACUGUCCAUUUAUCGGCCUUGCCUUCGUGGCAGUGUAUGAAUAGAGGAGCAGAGUGGAGGAUUUUCUUUGGCUGUUGAGACCAGAUGAAGUCUAAGUGGUCGCAUUUUGGGGGGAAAUAUAUCUGGCAUGGUCUGAUGGUCCCUGAAUUAAAGUGUAGAGCCACAUCAGAACCUUAAACUAUUUUGGUGCAUUUGGAGGAUUCAUGUUGAAGUUCUUCUUGGUUUAUAGAGGCAGUUUACAUCUGGAUCUGAAUCUGUGCAGAGAAGUAACAUCCAGUUUCUGCAUCCACAGGUGAACUGGAAUCUAGUUUGGCCCAGUCUGUAAGCAGUCUGGGGUUACUGGGUUGCAUCUGUAAGCUGAGGUGAAGCUUGUUCUCUUUUCCUCCACAUAAUUGUUGUAUUUCUUUUAGGGCUGGGCGAUAAACCGGAAAUUUACCGAUACCGAAAUUUACGACAAUAACCAACGUCGUUUUGUCCAUGUCGGUAUAUUCAGUGUCAGAAAAAUAAAUAACUAAAAGUUGGUUUUGGAUGCGAGUUGUUCAAGUUGUCAGACAGUGACAGAGCUUUAUGUCUGUUUGGAUUAUAUCACUGUUUAUUUCUGAUGCAUGUUUUAUAAUUCGCUUUAUUAACUGAAUUAUGAUGAUUUUACACUUACAUCAGUGUCACAUUAUUAGAUAUAAUUCACAUAGGCUUCUAUCCAGUUAACUGCAGGAUCAUUAAGGUCUAAUUGCAUCAGUGACUCAUUUAGUAAAUACUGGAUUUCAGAGGAACUGCAAACAUUUAAUUUCACCUUUAGAUUAAAUUUCAGUUGCGUGACAGUGACCUGCUCUGUCUGCUGGAGCAUCUGUCAGGGCUGAAUAGAAAACUAAUAAACACUAAGAUCUCACUUCAUUUAGAUCCUCCAUUAAGUGGUUUACACAAAAUUGGUCAAUACAUUGCGAGCAUUUAUUUUAUAAUUUAACAAGGCAAGUGACAUUGAUAAAGCAGUUUGUUUAUGAAGCGUCAGAUAAAAGGCUUUUCAGUGAGAGGCAAUUACGCUGAAAUAUGAAGAGAAUAAAAACUCUAGGAUCCACUUUCAGUAAUAUUUGUGCAACUUUAGGGAGUUUGAAUCAGCAUGAAAUGAAAUGUUUGCAUCUCUAAGACCCAGUGAAGCAAAUACAAGCAAAAAUAAAAGGAGAGGCUAAUUCUGUGUAUUUAUUUUUAAUAUCUGAAACCAUGUGGGGACAUGGGGUAGGUUUCCGACUAAGUGAUCAAAGCUGCAGGAGCUGGAGAACUGCCUCGUCCAAGUUGGCACAAACCAAAGUUCCUCACAGGUUAUAAAUAAAAUUGAACGUAUAACAUAUCUUUUCUCAUCCACUGUAAUUGUAAAACCAAUAUACCAGGUUAUGUCAUUUUGUUUCAAUGUAUUUCCAAGGAGAAGAAGAAAAAGGAGGAAACAGCUUUGCUGCCAAGGAGCGGACGAGUGAAGCAGCGCCGCCGUAAUAACAGCUUACCUCCCUCAUUAGCUUGUAAUUAUGCAUUUAAAGGAAACAGUGGUGCCAUCUACUAAACAAAUCUCACAGAGUGCUUGUUUGAUUGAAGCGACUCCUCAGUUUGAGGUAAAUGAAUAAGCAGAGUCUCGCACAGUGGAAACAGUCUGUACCUCACAAAUGCUUCUGAGCUCAAUGACAGCAAUAAUAAUAACUUUAUUUAUAUUAUAUUGUAUACUUAUAUUAUUUAUAUUAUUAUUAUAUUAUAUUUAUACUUCUGUUUAUUUAUAUUAUUAUAUUUAUUUAUGUUAUAUAUUUAAAAACAUAUGUACAAAGUGCUUUAAUGGAAGAAGCAAAAAAAAAGGCAGAAAUAGACAAAGAAACAUGGACUCUUAAAAAAUGGACAGUUAAAGAAGGUGGAUAGGAGACAGAUAAAAGAGGAGGAGAAAUAAAUACAAAGAUAAUAAAAUAAGGUAAAAUAAGAGUAAUAAUAAAAAGAGAGGGAGUAUAUUAAAACGAGAAUAUGUUAAAAACAGGACAAUACUACUACUACUACUACUACUACCACUAACAAUAAUAAUAAUAAUAAUAUUAAUAAUAAUGACUGACAAGGUUAUACAGGAGGUAUGCAGGCAAUAAAAUAAAUUAAUAAUAAAUAAAUGAAGAGUAACAAUGAAAAGGGAGGUAGUAUACUAAAACAUACAAAAAUGUUACAAACAGGACUACCGUAUUUUUCGCACUAUAAGGCGCACCUGAUUAUAAGGCGCACCAUUGAUGAACGCGUCUAUUCGCAUCUAUUUUCAUACAUAAAGUGCACCGGAUUAUAAAGCACAUUAAACCAAACAAAACAGUCAGAUAAGUCAAACUUCAAUUAACUCACUCAAUAACUCAGUGAGGCUACGGUAGCUGCAGUGCUCCGACAAGCUAAACGGAUUUUAAGUGGGCCUUAUAGUGCUAAAAAUAGGGUAAUAACAAUAAUAAUAAUAACAACAAUAAUAACGAUAAUAAUGAUUAGAAUAAUAACUGACAAGGUUAAACAGGAGGUAUGCAGGCAUUAAAAUAAAUGAAAAAAAUCAUGCAUCAUGUAAAGUCUAAAAAGUGUAAUAUCUUACUUACUUAAUAUCUUACUCUUAGUGUAAUGUUUGCUAACAGGACAGCAAAACAGUUUAGCAAAACUGUUAGCUUAAGGGAUAUCAAAAACAUACAUUACUUGAAAGCAGAUUUUAUGAUGAGUUUUGGUUUCAUAUUGAAUCAAGAAUUAAACACAAAUUUUUGCUUAAACCUGACAGAAGGUACAUUAAAAAUAUGGAAGAAAGCACAAGCUCCUCGAGUAAACAAAUCCAAUUUGCUAACUUAAUAGCGGUCCUUGACUUGUUAUCAAUAUUGAAUUUCCCAUUAUGAGUUUCUUGGUUAAGUCAGUGAUAGGAUUAUGGACCUUUAAGCUACAGGAUGUGUGUACUGAGUCAGGAAACUGCUGGAUGAGUGGUCACUAUCAACAGUGGAGGGACGUUGUUUUUGCUGUCCUGUAAAUGUAAAACAGCGCCUAUCUGAAAUCUUAAAGUCUGCUAUCAGAAAACUUGCCAUAUGCAACAGAAGUAAUUUACAUUCAGUGAAAAAUGUGUUUUUGUAAUCCACUGAACUCCCCUUAAGGGUUUACACAAGCACAUCAACUAUUUUUGUUCAGAGGAUUAUUUGUUUGCAGCAGCAUCUUAGUCCCAUAUAUCAUCCUCAGGCUACAGCUUCAAACCUCAAACAUUAGUUACACAGCCAGUUUGACAGUAGCAAGUUUACAUUCAGUUGAUUAUUGCUUAGCUGGUAUUAGGUUUGAUUUGACUGCGGGCCAAACUAUAAAUCAAAAUCAGGUCUGGCCUUUGCAGGCUAAUGAGCGUUAAUCGCAGACUAAUGAGAGACAGGUCAUCACCGGGCUGACCUCUGCACUCACCGGCUAGGCUUGGGAACAGAGGCACUUCAGCCAAGUGGGCAGGCUCUCAUUUAGACCUGCAUGAAUUUUGCAUCAGUUGCAUUGGAGUACCACAGUGAACCCUUAAGAGUAAUCUCAUAUAAUAAAGUAUAUUAUAGUAUCCUAUAUUUGAAUAAUUCAUCUGCACCAAAACUGUCGCGUCAGACCAAAAACACUCAAAUGUCUUUCUAUGGUGUAGCAGCAACACUGAUAAUGGGUAAGUAGACGCUUCAGCCCGACUUAGUUCUGCAAACAUUUUGCUGUAUUUGGCCAAGGUCAGGGUUAUACAUCAGUGCAGAAAGAGAAUAAAUAGACUGCAUCUCCCUGUUAUUUACCAGCCUGGUUUAAUAGCAUUAUUCCAUUGCCUGCUCUCUCUGUCAGGAGUAAACCUUGAAUUGCCUCUAGUGAUUAGUAGCAGGGAGCGUGCUGCAGCAGCAGUCCCAGGCUACCUUUGUUUAUGUUAAGGCUUUUACGCAUUCUGUUUUACUCGCUGGCGGGGAGAGCUUUUGAUCCCGGAAGGAGGCGGCUGCUGAGACGGCCCACCACCACCACCAGCACCACUGUGCCCCCACCCCAGCCUGUAUUAUUACUACGGAAUUCAGAUCUGUUUGGCAAGCCAUUGAGCCCCCCACACCAUCUACCCGAGUCUUUCUCCCCCCUAUUGAAUACACACCUUUCUGUUGACCAAGGAGGCUUUUCUAUAGAGCGCAGGCAUGUGAAAGAUUUCCAGAAUAGGAGUAAGUGGUGCCUGCGUGGAGCUUUCCUUCCACUCAAUAGACCUUGUAGACAAUGUUCUUGAUAUCUGCCCAAAUUUCCUCUCUGUGGCUCUACAGCCGGCUUUUGUGUGAAUAUAUUUGUCUGUAAAACUGCAAGUAAACUGCCAUCGAUCUCCUGACUGUGAGAUUAGCUAACAAAAAAAAGAGCUAAAAGAUUUAAAAAACUUUACUUGACACCUAUCUCUAUAACACAUUAUAAAUGUAUGUAUUAUAUGCUAUAGUUAUAAACACUCAUAAAUUAUCAUAAUGCUUUAUUGCAAUAAUCAUAACACAUUAUAAAGAACUUAAUCAUGACUUACAAGGUCAGGUAUUAUAAUGUGUUAUAACUGUUGAUAAUGAUAGUUAUACAAGUUUAUAAGCUAAUUGUAACACAUCAUAAAUAUAUGUUUCAUGCAUUAUCAGUAACACUUUAAAAUAACCAUUAUUUAUAAAUGGCAAAUAGAUAGUUUAUUAAUGUAAGUUAAUAGUUAUUUUACCAUAAAAAAGCAAUAAAAUUAUGAUUAAUAGUUUUCAUUAAUUAUUAAUGGACUAUAUAUUGAAGGGUUAUAUAGGGUUUAGAUAUUGGUUAUAAAACAUCUAGAUUAAAAUGUGUGUCAGUCACACUUUGUAAGUGGUGAAUAUUUAGUUAUUAAACCGUCUAUAAAUAUUACUCAGAUAGUCAUUGUAAAGUUGCAACUGAUGUCUGCAAUACUUUGUAAAUGAUUAAUAAGUGGUUUAUAAACAUUACUUCGAUGGUUCUUGUAAAGUUAGGGUUAGAUUUUUAAAAUUAUUAAAAUUAACAAUUUAUUAAUGGUCUUUAUGUUAUUUAUAAUUGAUGAUUAAACAUUAAUAAACUAUCUGCUUGCCAUUUAAAAAUGGUCUAUUUACCAUUUAUAAGUGAUGGUUAUUGUAAAGUGUUACCGUAUUAUCUAUGUGGGUAUUGUCAGUGAGUUGUUAACAGUUAUAACACAUUAUGACCUUGUAAGUCAUGAUAAAAUGCUUUAUAAUAUGUUGUGAUUAGUGCUAUAAAGCAUUAUGAUCAUUUAUGAGUGUUUAUAACUAUAGUUAAACAGGCAUUAUACAUAUUUAUAAUGCGCUAUAGAGAUAGGCGUCAAGUUAAGUGCUACUAAUGUUCCCCCACCAUUGUAUCAUUACUGUACCCUUACAUUCACAGAUAGAGAUACAUAACUUGACAUUUUUAGGUUAUAUGUAUUGAUUUCCGUUGUUUUUUUCCUGUGAUGAUGUUGACAUUUACAUGCUCAUUCAGAUUUAAUUGUACAACCAAAUCUUUAGAAGGUCUCCGUAAAGUAAAAAGCUCAUGCACUCUUUCUAAAUACGUGUAAAAAUGUCAUCAUUAAUCAGCUACACAUUAUGUCUCAUGCUUGGAAAUAAUAAUCAGUCAUUAUAGUUUAAGUGAUUAAGUGAUUUCACAGACAAGUAAUCCUCGAUUGUGCUGUAUUGUACCCCAGGGCUUUCUCAAACAUGUUAUUUUGUCUCCUCUCUGUGUUGCUGAAUAAUGUGAGUUUGUAUUUAACCUUGAUUCUGCAUGGAAAAUCUGCAGUGUGUUAAGAGCAGCAAGUGGUAAAUUCUCUUUGAAAACAAGGUUGUGUGCAGCUAGAUUUAUAUGCAGCGGCUCUGAAUAGCAAUCCUCAGCACACUGCUAAUUGUUUGAUGGAUUGUACUGAGCCAUUUGCAUUUAUAUUGUGCUCCAGACACCACCCACGUGUUUAGAUCCCAUAUUUAACUAACUCCUGACACUGAAGCAACGGUCACAACGAUCUGCCCACUAAAAACCUCAACUAGCGUUUUAGCAGGGGCUCCUGUACCAACCUGUUCACACUGUGGGUGCUAUUUUUAUGGGUUAGUUUGACAGAUUUUGUGUGGUGUAAAAGGGCUGCAACCUCACGGAGCAAUUCCUCUGAUGUUUCACCCUUCUCACACUUUUAAGCCCUCACAGUUGUCUUCUAAAGAGUUACCUGGUUUCGGAGGAUUAAGAGUUAUUCCGUUUUGAUGAAACACGAAGAGGAAAUAACCCUGCAACACUUCAGCACACUGCGAAUCUUGCCGGUGAUGAGUUGGUUCAUCCCGUAUGACUAAAAAAUAUGUCGGAAUCCACUUUAGAUGGAGGAAGCUUGUGUUUUGUUAAAGCACUGACUAAUGCUGCAUUUGGGGUUAGUCAUUUGAGUGCAGUCUAAACAGCGCGACUGGACUAGAGGCCGCAAAGAGCUUUGUGACAAAGAUGCUUAAAACCAAAAAAAAAACGUUUUAUAACAGUAAAGUCUGGGAAAAAAUGACCCUUUUGAUCUUCAACAGAGCAGGUCAUCUUGAGGUUAAGAAUGGUACUGAAGGUUUUUAAGAUGGUCGAGGUUUUUAUUUUUGUUCUCACAAGAAGCGAGGGUCUAUUCUUUUUGCUCAUUUAUAGGACUGGGCGAUAAAGCCUAAAAUUAAAAUCUCAAAUGUGAAAAAAUGAAGAAAAUCGAGUCGUAUUUUCAAAGUGGAAUCAAAGAGAGAGAAGAAACUGGUGAGAGAAAUGUGGUUAAUUGAGGCUUGCUAGUGAUGGGCACGGCAGUUCUUCUACAUGUACUGAAUCACUAGAAUCAGUUUACUAAAAUGAUUCGUUCGAAAGAUUCAUUCACCGAAUCUCUGAAUCAUUCAGUGUUUGGUGGGAGAAGCCUGCGACUCCGACCUCCUGAAAUGAUACACGGCUGAACGGUUCAGGAUUCAGUUUAAUUCAAAGCUUUAUGCUUGUUUUAUGCUGUGUCCUAUUGUAUGCAAGUUGUUGUGGCAAUUUAGCAGUGAAAAAAAAGGUAGUUUUGUCCGACAAAAAUGAUUCCAGAGAGUGUAGUUCAAUGUGUGAUUCGUUUACCAAGUGAUUCAGGCGUUGAUGCAUGCGGUCCCUUGUUUCCCGGCUGCUCGCUUGGCAAUGCCGCGUGCUAUGGCAGCUGUGCUUCUGACAGCUCGACUAAAGUGAGAAACGAACGAAUCACUUGAGGAAGUGAUUCGGUUCAGUGCAUUCACUUAAAAGAUUCGGUUCUUUUGAAUGAAUCAUUCACAAACGACACAACACUAAGGGUUCCAAGAGGCCUUAUGAUGGCACUGUGUCUACAUGUAUGAGUGCACGUGUGUUACUGUGUCAUUUUUUCACUACGAGCUCCUUGUUAAAAAGCUAAUCAUACAGCCCUGUUAAGGCUGUGUAGCACAAACUUGGGUCGAUAGUUUUAAGCAUGUGAAUUAAUCAAGACUUUUCCCGAUGCAUACAUGAUCACUGGAUCUUUAAUGAUGUGCAGCAGGACUGCAUCAAUAAGAACCCUAAAUAAAUUGUGCUGCUGACUAGUUUGAUCGAGGCCUGAGCAAACUCUUCUUCAUUACCACUGGCGGCCAUGUUGUUGUUGUUGUUGUUUGUGUUUCUGUAGGUUUCUGAAACUCUGUCUGGUAACUUCAUCCGACACAUUUAACUGUUAAUCAGAGCUGUGGUACAUCUACUCAACAGACUGAGACAGACGAACCCUCCAAGUUGUAGACAAUGCGACUGAAAAUGUAGAGCUUGCAGGUGAUUAAAACGAUAAAACAGAGCAUCCAUCAUUUCCUUUGUCCGUCCAGAGAGACUGAGAUUGAUUUUGGAUCAUUGCAAAGAUCUGCGGUCCGCUUCUUUUUGGCUCAGCUCAAGUUCUGCAGCCCGGGUCUUCACAGCAACUUUGUCUUUGAAAUAAAAGCGUGUGAUUGUUAUCUCCGUGACAGAGAUUUCAAUCUAAGGCAGCAAUUUUUCACUGGUCUUUGUCAAUAACUUUCCUGAGUCUUUGUGAACGUACCCUCAUUAACCUUCUUCUUUAGUGUUUCAAGCUGCCUCCUCCAGAAGUCCCUGGUGUCUUACUAUGAGAUGAAAAUAAGCGUUAAAAAUAGCCCCACCACUUCUUACUUCUGUUUCUUAAUCAGCGAUGAGACACCGCGGUUAAACAGAGCUCUCUGUUUAUCAUCCUCUCUCGCACUAGUACAUUAAUUCAACAUAACAGUGGCAUUUUCUUUGUUUUGGCUCUUUUUCUCAGGAUUUAGAUGUAGACAGAUGAACAAGAACAACAGCUUUGCUUUGUGGCGCUGGAACAAAAUGAUAAUGCCAGAUGUAGCCUAUUUAUGAAGAGCAGCGCUGCUUAGUUUCCAGCGCGCUUUGUGUGAAAACUCUUGACAGCUGUGCUGAAGGUAAAUACGUUUUUUGGGACCUACAUUUGCAUCUCAUGUCAUCUGUCAUUGUACGUUGCCUGUUGCUUCUCUGAAAAAGUCCUCUGGGUUUCCCAUGGUCUCAAAGGUGCAUGUCAUCGCAUACCAGCCGAUUAAUAAUGAGAAGGAAGGAGCUGUACAGAAGAGCACUGAGCCCACCUCUUUUGGAAACAAAAACAAUGCACUUUACAGGACAUUCUUCAAACUUUACAAGGCUGGGUUCGCUCCCCCAUCUCUUACAUUUGCAUAGCAUCAAGAGUCUUGAGUAAAAAGGUAGAAAUUAGCAACCCAUACAAGCUGCGUCCAAAAUCUCGGGAGCAGCUGAAGUGCUCUUGCGGCUGCAGAGUGGGAGCGUUUUCUUCCCCCCCAUGUGGCGGAGGUCCUGCUAUUGAGGCCCCUAGUCAUUAAUCACUGGGAUCUUUUCAGCUGUCAAUACAUACAAAAAGAAACCCCAAAACCCAACAAUGGUGUCUCCAAUAGAGAGUUUUCUUCAUGCAGGGGCAAAUAUAGUUCACUAGGGAUUAUUGUUUACUGUUCAGUCCGGCACAAAUCUCAUACAGUAUUCAUAAAGAGCUUAUCUUGUGGAAAAAUCCUUGUCUGAACAACACAGGCAUAUUGUCAAUAUAAACUCCUAAAGAUUUGCCAGGAGUGGUUUUUAUCUCUUUCCCAAAAGGCUCUUUUUUCAUCCUUAUAGGAAAAUACUUUUUUAAGUGUGGGAGCAUGUUGUGCAGACGUAAAAUUUGCCCCACGGAUGACAAAGCUUUCGUUUAUCACUUAUCAUGAUGAAAUUUCUUGGAGGAAGCCGGAGAAUGAUAUAUUUUACAACUGCAGCGGUAUCCGGCUCACUAAUUCUCUCAGCCCAGUAAUUGAGCUUCAAAGUAAACAGUGACCAAGCCUUUAAUCAUCUUUAUAUCCACAUUGACAAAUGUUAAUCCUGCUCAAUAUCUUAAACCGUGUGGCCCGCUUGGAAUGAAGUGUUUGUGAUGUUGCACCAAAAAGGGCGAAUCCUACUUAUCAUUUCAUAUCUUUCCUGUUUGUUUUCAAAAUGCAAAAUACAGAAAACAACAAUUAUUUCUGACUAUCUUUGGAGUUCUUUUAAUUGCAUGUUUCCUUCUGUUACUUCAAUAUUUUGUCCUUCAAGGUGAGAGAAUAAAGUGCAGCAGCACAUCACCAAAUGCCUCAGUUCCCCUCUCUCCGUAUUGAUCUUGUAGUCGGGGUGAUAUUUGACAGUUGGGGUUUUAUGUUUCAGAUUUUAAUCAUCUCUGCCGGUUCAGUGUACUCCUAGAUUUGUUUGCCUCCUCACUUUUCAGAUGGCGAUGAUUUGUAACUUAUAAACAACACAACUCAUGGAAGGACACCUGCCACUUUUACAGAUGCUGGGGGCCCGGCGUUUCUAUACGACACAUAAAACAGAAUAUUUGCGGGGGACUUGCACCGUAAACUUUAUAGGUACAAGAUUUGUUGUGCCAUUUUUUAUUAAAUCUAAUCCGGGUGGUUUCUCAUGCUCUCCCCGUGUGUGCUCAGCAGUGCGUACGCCGCUGCUCAGAAACCUGCAUUUGCAUUUUAUUUAUUUUCCACACUUGCUUGGUUAGCUUGAUGCUUAUGUGUGAAAGUGAGAGAGAGGAGUUUGUGAAGGUUAUUUCUGAUAUUUUUAAAUGUUCCUCUCGUUUAAUUCAUACCUCUUAAAUUUCAGUUCAUCAUCAGUAAUCAUUGUUGCUUUUUCCUUUUAAUUCACGAGGCGUCCUUUUCUUUUCUCUGUGUGUUUGAUUUUCUACAGAAGCACCCAAAUUAA